AUGAGUGAUGUGAAUUGGUUUAAUUCUCAAUUUAGUAAAGAUGGACGAUCAUUAUUUAAUGAUGGUUUUGAUACAUCCCAACAACAAAAUCAUUCAUUAAUUAAUACAUCCCUGCCACAAUCACCCUUAUCAUUUAAUAAAAAUAAUAGUACUACUACCACUACUACUAUUACUACUACUACCACUACUUCUAGUAAUAAUUUUACAAACUUUCAAUCACCAUCAUCUGAUGAUGGUUUAAUAACUAAUCUACCACAAACUCCUUCAUUAAUUGAUAAAAAAACAGAUGAAAACAUUAGCGUAUUUUCAGAUAUAAUUAUUGUAGAUAAUUUGGUGGAUAUAAUAUCAAAAAACAAUCAAGUUGAUCCUGUAAUUAGAACUGAAAAAAAGAUAUUGCAAAAAAAUGAUCCUUCACAAGGAGCAAACAUUCAUCAAAAUAUGACAUAUCGAGUCCAACCAAAUAAUAAGAAACUUGAAACAUCUACUAAUUCCCGAAAUUACACCUAUGAUUUGGUUACACAGGUAACAAGAUAUGAAGAAAAAGAAAUAAUUAGUGUUGUAAAAGAACUUGAAAAAUAUAAUAUAAAAGUCUUUGAACAUUUUAAUCUUCCAAAAGAAUCAUGGCAUGGUAAAGAAGUGUGUUUUUCCAUUGAAAUACCAAAUACUGUAAAAAUAAUCCAAGCCUCGUUGAAGAAUGUUAAAAAUCCAAUAAUCAAGGCUGGUAUAUUAUUAAAACUCAAGUAUUCGGGUAUAGAUGAUUGGUUUAUUGGUUGUCUUACAGCUAAAGCUACCAGUGGUAGCUAUUACCUUGAAAUUCAACACUCGGGUCAAACUUUCACAUACCCAAAUAUCCAAUUUAUAACCAACCCUACUAAAUGUGAACCUCCAUCUUUUUACAAAUUAACAUACCUCAACAAUAGGUUUUAUGCGUUCAGCUAUUUAUUAAAAGCAAAACCAAGAUUAAAAUCCAAUUCAACUCCAAAGCCACUUGUGGUGAACUAUAAUGGAAGGGAAAUCCCAUAUGAAUAUAGCAAUAUUAAUUUUGGACAAACUCCACUCUAUAUUUCAUUCGAAAUCCCAGACGAUUUUUAUGAUCCAAACAAUACUCAAAAUACCUUUGAAUGUUAUUAUAAAGUUUUAAAAUAA